AUGACUUCGAAUCAGUAUGACUGCACUGAGGGAGAAGACGGGGGUGAUAAGCCGCGAUGGGCCAAUGUACGGCGGAAUCUAUUUGGACCGGUGGACCACCAGCAACUUCAGCAAGACUUCCAGAGGCUGUUGUGCAUGAGUGUGGAAACGGCCAAGCAGCGCUGGAACUUUGACUUUCAAAGCGAGCGUCCUACUCCUGGCUUGGUGGAGUGGGAGGAGAUGGGUUGCCAGGAUGUGCCAGCUUUCUAUCGGAGCUGUGUGGUUAGGACUGGCAAGCGUAGACUGGAAACUCCCAUCAGCACUGAAGAUUUACACAGAGAUGCCAAGGUGCAAAAGAGAUUGGGAACACCAGUGAGGAUCAGAUACAGACAGGCUGCCAUCACGGACUUUUUCACCGCAAAGAAGAGGAGGUUUCUUUAUCACAAAACCUCAUCACGACAGUGA